GCAAAAGCAGCAUAAGUGCAUCGUCACUUCCUUAAUAGCGUUACAGUUUCCUGUCUAAAAUGGCCACGAAUUUCAGUGUGAAGUUGCUGCCGAAUCUAGGAUGGCUUCCCCUGAUACAGAGUGUUCGGCAUGGCUCCAAGGCUGUGACUCGCCACAGGAGACCGAUGCACUUCACCAAACAGAAGCUAAUGGCUGUUACAGAGUACAUUCCUCCUGCUAGGGUCGUUCCUCCUGGUGCUUAUCCAUCCCAAACCAAACAACUCCAGGAGCAGGAUAAUGGUUUGACACUGCUCCUGAAGAGGGAUUUGAAGAACCUGUUCCAGAAUUAUAAGAUGCUUGCUGUGGUCCAGAGGAACUCCAGCACUGCUGAAGACAUGCUGAUUCUCAGGCAUAGACUUUUUAAACAUGGCAUCACUGUUAAGCUUUUUCCCAACCAGGUGAUGCGGUCCUUCCUGAGUGACAGUGUUUACUGCAACAUGGCUCCUCUGUUCAUCGGCCCAACAGUUCUGUUUGUUAGCAAAGAGCCAAAGGUGAAGCAGAUGCUGGUGACGCUGAGGUCCAGCCCACAGAUGACACUCCUGGGAGCCUGCAUAGACAAUACGCUGCUGAGCGCGCAGGGAGUUGUGAACUACUCCAAACUGCCUUCAGUGGCCGCUGUCCAGGGUGAGCUGGUCAGCGGGCUGACCAUGCUGACCUCUAACACAGCCGCCAUGCUGCAGCACCAGCCGGCUCACCUGUCAGCCCUGCUCCAGCAGUACAACAGACAGCAGAGCCCAGACAACGGCGCAGAGGAGGCCACGUAGAGCACCAGAGGAAGUUACCGGGACUGUUUGCCUGGCAGAUUUGCAUCUAAUUGCAGUGGUGAAGGACUGAGCUGGAUGCACAUAUUAAGUUUUAUUUUAAUUUAGUACUAGGGUUCCAGGAAGAUUUUUAAGUCUGGGAAAAGUCUGUUGUUUACUCAGUCUUAAAUUUUUGACUGGAGCUAUUUAUUUGGUGCUAAAUGUGACUAAAUCUUCUAGUAUGUAUCUGCCUACUGAAGCACAGAGGCUGGAUGGACAGUGCUGCAAAAAUGUCAGUGUCACUCAAGAGAUUCCUUUAUUUAAAGAUACUGUCACGUAAAUAAAUGAUGUCAUCUCUAA